AGUUCUCCGAUUAUUAUUUUCUAUUUGGAUUUAUUUAUUUUUCUCUUUCGCCUUUCUCUGAGAAACUGGGACACAAGGCAGCUCUUACGGUACAGUGAAAACCUCAGUACGAUUAAAAAUUCAAGACAUUAUAAAUGUUAAAGUGUCAUAUUAUUUAUGAACAAUUUCUAAAUGCAUUAAAAUUCAUUGAAUGGAGACAUCAUUCAAGAAGGCUAAGAAGCUCGACACCGUUCCCCUUGCGGCAUUUCUGGUUGAGAGACUAAAAGUAAAUGUGGAGGUGAAACCAUGUCUGGGGAAGGAAGUGCCCUCAAAGUCUUAGACCUCGAUUUCCAACCUUUCUUUACUCAUGAUUUCUCUGUGAGGAUGAAGACGGAAGAAGAACCAUCCAGCCUUGUGGAUGGAGAGUGGAGAACAGAAGAUGGAGGAGAAAGAAAGAGCUGCCAUUUUGUUGAGUCUUCAAACUGGACACCAGCUUUACAGAUUAAGCAGGAACACAAGGAUGGUUUCAGCCAACAUUGGAAGGUCCAGAGGCAGGAAUUUUUGACUUGUCCUUUGGCAUGGAAAGAUCCAAAAUGGCAGCAAGUUGAUGAAAACAUCAGUGAAUUCUCUCAGGUCUCCUUCCCAGAGGGCACUGAAACCAGCCGGUGCCCGAGAGCUGAAGGAGCCAUUUUGAUUUCCUCAGGAGAAGCCCUCAAGGCUUAUAAGAGUCCAAAGGACGAAAAUGGAGGCAGUCACCAGACGACAAAGGAAUAUGUUCUCGGUGAAGACGGCAUUGGUGCUGAGAUCCAGCGUAAGCGCUUCCGAGAUUUUCGUUACCGGGAGAUGGAGGGCCCCCGAAACGUGUGCCUCCGGCUUGGGGAGCUCUGCCGGCGGUGGCUAAAGCCAGAAAAAUGCACCAAGGAACAGAUCCUUGAGAUGCUGAUUCUGGAGCAGUUUUUGACUGUCCUGCCCCCGGACAUGCAGAGCUGGGUCAAGGAAGGGGGUCCCAAAACCUGUGCUCAAGCCGUGGCCCUGGCUGAGGACUUCCUGCUGAGCCAAGAGGAGCCCAAGGAGUGGAAACAACAGGUGAGCUGAACAGACAGUUAAAGGAUGGUCUCAAGGGACCACCAACAUGUAUUUACAUAUUUUAACUACUCCUGCCUUACAUUUGGAUAAACCUGUCUGUAGAUGAGAUGACGCACAUACAGUACUCCAAGGCAGAGCUCACAGAAUUUAUUAUUUUCAAUGGAUUUCCGUUCGAAAACUGAAAAUUACAUGAAU